CGUCAAACUGCUCGGCUGGAGAGGAAGGAGAACUGCUGUGGAGUAGUGGUAUCUUGUGUGUGUUGAGUCAUGUCGAAGAAGUUUGAGGACCCGUACUACAUUGCCGUCGAGUGAGGCACACGCAAACACAGCACCAGAGUGGCAGAUGGCCGACCUCCCAUGGCUUGGUGAUCUGUGUGUGUCUGUGCAGUACGGUGAACACAUCACUCAAGAAGGUCAACUCCCUUUUUUCUGAAGUCAACGAUGCGGUAGGCACACCACGCCAUGAACGAUGGAAGGAAUCAAUGACCACGUGCUGCCGCCUCACCAUUUUCAUGAUCCGCAGAGCUUCGGCACUCGGCGGCGCGCGGACAAGUCUGACGUCAAGGGGACAAUACUGAGUGAGCUGCGGACGCUUGACUAUGACAUCCAGGACCUGGAGGCGUCCAUCGUGGCGGUAGAGCGGGACCCGCAGAAGUUCAACCUGGACACACGGGAGGUGCAGACGAGGAAGGACUUCGUGUCGUCGACCAAGGUGACCGUCCGCAAGAUGCGCGACAAGCUCAACGCCAUGCAGCGGGCGGCCGCUGAGGCGGAGGCGCCGCGGAGGGCCGAGGUGGAGAGGAGCAAUGCCGCCUUUAUCGGCAGCCAGAGGCAGGAGCAACAGGUGGGUAGGCAGGGACACUCAUGAGGGCUGUGUGUCGAUGCGGGUUGUUCGUGUGUGUGCAGACGUACAUGCGUCAGCAGGAUGAGCAGUUGGAGGAGCUGGCCAAGUCGGCCGAGCGGCUCAACCACACCGCACUGACCAUCAACCACGAACUAGAGGACCAGCAACGGUCGGCCAGCACACGAUGAGAUGAGAGGAAGGCUGCAGGAGUAAGGCAUGUGUGUGAAUUGUUUGUAUUGCAGGAUGUUGAGUGAGUUGGAUGAGGAUGUGGACAACACGGCCGAGAAGAUGAACUUUGUCAUGAAGCGCAUGGCCAAACUCCUCAAGACAAACGGUAGGCACCGUUCACCCACCCGACACACCCGGACGGAUGCACACAGUGGUCUGCUCAUGCAUACGUACUCAUGUAUGCCUUUCCGUAUGAACGUGUGUUUCAGACACGCGUCAGUUGUGUCUGAUCUUGCUGCUGGUGCUCAUCCUGGUGUUGCUCUUCCUGCUCGUUUUGUACACAUAGCAUCCAUCCCACCCACGCCAGUCUGGCUCAGCCAAUCAGUCAGACGCUAAAAGGCCGUGCAUUUAUGUAGCGGCAAAGACAGUCUGUG